CCUCUGUUACCUUUUGCCUACUAGGCAUUAAGUAGCAGUCCUUGCAUGUGACUUCUGUCCUGAUAGUCAUUGCCUGCAGCAGUGACAGCAGCUGACAAGUCCGCGUCCCCUGCAGUAGGGUGUUCAUGCCUGCACUGAAGAGCACGUAGGGGUGAGUUGUCUGCUAUGAAGAACAGAUUGUUUGUAGUACAAGUUUAAAGAGCACCAGUAACCAUGCAAGCACACGAGAUAUUUAGAAGCCUCAGGAUCCCUGAGCUAGGAGAUGUUCGUCAGUAUGUUCGCACUCUUCCCACCAACACCUUGAUGGGCUUUGGUGCUUUUGCUGCUCUUACAACCUACUGGUACGCAACAAGACCUAAAGCUCUGAAGCCCCCGUGUGACCUGGCAAUGCAGUCGGUGGAAGUAAAGGGGCAUGAGGGUGCUCGUCGAUCCACUUUGAUGGAUAGUGAUGAGGUGCUGACCUACUACUAUGAUGAUGUCCAAACAGUCUAUGACAUUUUCCAAAGAGGAAAUAGAAUAUCAAAAAAAGGACCUUGUUUGGGACAUAGGAAGCCUAAUCAGCCAUAUCAAUGGCUAUCUUAUCAAGAGGUUUCGGACAAGGCAGAGUAUGUGGGGUCAGCCUUGCUGCACAGGGGCUGUAAACCAAGUCCUGAACAGUUUAUAGGCAUUUUUGCACAGAACCGGCCUGAGUGGACAAUUGCAGAACUGGCAUGCUAUACUUACUCCAUGGUGGCUGUUCCUCUCUAUGAUACUCUAGGAGCUGAAGCUAUUACUUACAUUAUAAAUAAAGCGGAAAUAUCCCUGGUGUUCUGCGACAAUGCUGAAAAGGCAAAGUUACUGCUGUCCAAUGUUGAAAAGGGAGAUACUCCCAUUCUGAACACAAUUGUGCUUAUGGAUUCAUUUGAUGAGGAUCUUGUGGAGCGAGGCAAGAAGUGUGGAGUUGAAUUAGUCAGCCUGAGAGAGAUAGAGGUAGAGGGAAAGAAUCAUCAUGAGAAACCAAAACCUCCGAAGCCAGAUGAUUUGGCAGUGGUGUGCUUCACUAGUGGGACAACAGGAAAUCCAAAAGGUGCAAAACUCUCGCACAAGAAUAUCGUGAGCAACACUGCUGCUUUUCUUAAAGUAACAGAGGGUUUGGCGGUUCCCUCUACUCAAGAUGUUCUCAUCUCUUUCUUGCCAUUGGCGCAUAUGUUUGAGAGAGUUGUGGAGUGUGUAGCACUUUGCCAUGGAGCAAAAAUAGGGUUCUUCCAAGGAGACAUUCGGUUGCUGAUGGAUGACUUGAAGGUUUUGCAACCUACCAUCUUCCCAGUUGUUCCUCGGCUGUUAAACAGGAUGUUUGAUAGAGUCUUUGGACAAGCUAAUACUACCUUGAAACGUUGGCUGCUGGAAUUUGCUUCCAAAAGAAAAGAGGCUGAGCUCCGCAGUGGAAUUAUCCGAAAGGAUAGUCUUUGGGACAAGCUCAUAUUCCAAAAACUUCAGGAGAGCCUUGGAGGAAAGGUACGACUAAUGAUAACGGGAGCAGCACCAGUUUCUCCUACAGUGUUAACAUUCUUACGGGCAGCUCUUGGCUGUCAGUUCUAUGAAGGAUAUGGGCAAACUGAAUGUACGGCUGGUUGUUCUCUGAGUAUUCCUGGAGACUGGACAGCAGGUCAUGUUGGUGCUCCUAUGCCCUGCAAUUAUGUGAAGCUGGUAGAUGUCGAGGACAUGAAUUACUUUGCUGCAAAAGGAGAGGGUGAGGUUUGUGUCAAAGGGUCAAAUGUGUUUCAAGGGUACUUAAAGGAUGAGGAGAAAACUGCAGAAGCUUUAGACCAGGAUGGUUGGCUACACACAGGGGAUAUUGGUAAAUGGUUGCCUAAUGGUACUUUAAAGAUCGUAGAUCGGAAAAAACAUAUCUUUAAAUUAGCCCAGGGUGAAUACAUUGCACCUGAAAAAAUUGAAAACGUGUAUACAAGAAGCGAAGCAGUGGUGCAGGUGUUUGUUCAUGGAGAAAGCUUGCAGGCUUUCCUUGUGGGAAUUAUUGUCCCAGAUCCUGACAAUGUACUUAUUUGGGCAAAAAAGAGGAAAUUUGAAGGUACCUAUGAGGAGCUGUGCAAGAAUAAGGAUUUUAAAAAUGCUGUUCUAGAAGAUUUUUUGAAACUCGGAAAGGAAUCUGGAUUGAAAACGUUUGAACAAGUAAAAGACAUUGCUUUGCACCCGGAAAUGUUUUCAGUCCAGAACGGUCUGUUGACUCCAACGCUGAAAGCCAAGAGGCCAGAGCUACGAAAGUAUUUUCAGACACAGAUUGAAGAACUGUAUGCCAAUAACAAAGUAUAAUCUGCCCUCCUUCAUUACCAUCUGCUAUCUAUUCACAACAGCAAACAAAGACAUGGCUGAUCAUAGGAAUUAUUUUGAAGACCUUUCUACAAUGCCUUAUUGGUCACCUGUGUUUUCAUCUUUUGUACUGUGACCUAAAAUCUUCAGGCCUUACAAAUCAUUUACAUUUGGACAUCAUAUGAAUGUCAUCCUCUGGAUUUCUUGUGUCUUCUGUCUCAAAUUGUACAUUUCUCCCACUCCCAAUCUAUCUUUAUGUACAAAACACUUCUGUUCGGGUCUUACACUUUUGUUCCAAAUCACAUUCUUCUUGCUUGCCAAAUAAGAUCCCUUUUCUAUUAACUUGUAAAUAGAUAAAACAGUGCAGAGUCCAGUUCACUGCAGAAACAGGUACUUAACUUUUAAAACCUCACGUGGAGGGAUAGUCACAUUAAAUUAUUAGUACUUUAAAGUGAUGUUUAAUAUUUUACCACUAUUCUUUCUAAAUGUACAUUAUAAAUGAUUUUGCUCUAUCUAUAAAAACGUGACAAACAUUUGUUCUUUAAUCCUAUGAUGGAAAAUCUUUCCAUGUUUUCAAAAUGCUGCUAGAGGACUGGGAGACACUUGUUCAUUUUUCCUGUCAGUCCAGUUAAAACUGUAAAGUGCAAUUAUUGGUGAUGUGUCUGCCCGUGAGUUUGUUUUAAAUAGAAGGGAAGGUCUAAGUUGUUUUGGGUUUAUCUGGGCGUUGGGGUAUAGGCCUAUUGUCGGUACCACAUAUUUUAAGGCUGUUCUGGAGGUGUCCUUGCACACUUGUUUUCUAGAGAUGUAAGGCACACGGGACUUGCAUAAACAAGCACAAUAAUGGUUUGCACUAUGUAAAGACCUGAGAUUUAUGCUGAUACACUGUAUGCUAGGGUGGGAUCAUUUUCUAGAAAAGUCGUUGCACAGAUAGACUGAAUUUUUAUCCAAAUGAUGUGACUUGUUAAAAUUGACUUUAAAUGUUUGCUUAACGAUAUUGAUCUUGUAUAAACCAAAAUCUCCCCCCAGUCUGGUUUGCUCUUCAGCCCCUUCCAAAAAAUGAAGGAAGCCAAAAUAAAUAAUUGUAUGAAGUA